UCACAAACUAACUGACCAAUUAUCGAUCGCAAAUGGAUUCUAUAGUUAACCCAACUAAAAGACUGACAGGCACAACACACCCUAACGAAUUCACCAGUUUUUCAUGUUUUGAAUUGUCUAUUUUAUCAUUUGAUGAUAAUAUAGCCUUUAAAAGUAAUGUAAGUAACAUAAAUUGGGCGGAUGAUAUUUUAAAGGAAAUUCUUCAGCAGUAGUUUAGCCUGUAAGGUAAAUGUUUGGGAAAAUUGAAACCCUCGUAAAAGGAUCAAGUGACGCUUCUUCCUGGCGCGGCAAUCUGAAGUUUAUUGUGAAAUGAAAGCUAAAAACAGCCAAAUGUUCAACUUUGUAUUUGCUAUACAUGUUUGUUCUUAUUGAUAACAGAUCACACGUGAUCGGAUAUGUGUGUAAUUGAGAAACGUCAGCGGAUUGACGAAAAUCCUGACAAAAAUGAAGAGAAACGUCUGAUCUAGUAUUAUUGUGUGAACUGGCGGUAGAUUUUUCAGCGGCGCUAAGCUAAAGUGAAGCUGCUGUGCUAUCACGGACACCAAAAAUGAGCUCCUUGCGGGAAAUAAAGCUGCUGCAGAAGGCUAAAAGCAAAGCUCAAGCUAGCAAGAAUUUAAAGGAGGAAGCCAACAUCUGCAACCAGCUGGGAGAGCUGUUGUCCAGGAAUGGUGAUUACGAGGCAGCCAUCAGAGAGCAUCAGCAGGAGCUGAAGCUGUCUGAGAGCUUGGAGGAUGUGAUUGGUCGAGCUGUGGCAAACCGCAAAAUAGGAGAGUGCUUUGCAGAGAUGGGGAACAUCAAAGCUGCCCUGAAACACCAGCAGUGUCAUCUGGACCUGGCUCGCUCGGUAGGCGAUCACGCUGAGGAGCAACGUGCUCUGGCCACCAUCGGUCGGACCUACCUCUUUCGCUAUGAAUCUGACCAAUCCAAGAGCAGCUUGAGGAAGGCGGAGGAUGCUUUCAGGAAGAGUCUGGCUAUUGUGGAUGAGCGAUUGGGAGGUACUGUGCCCGAAAGAGAAAUUGCUGAGAUGAAAGCUCGUCUCUUUCUCAAUCUGGGUAUCGUCUGUGAUCACCUGGGGGAGUCCAAACGCUGCAGCGAGUUCAUCCGACUCAGCGUCUUCAUUGCAGAGAAGAGCCAGCUGCUGGAAGAUCUCUACCGGGCAAACUUCAACCUGGGAAACAUCUUUUUCCGUAAUGGCGAGCACUCCAACGCCGUGCGGUGCUUGGAGCAGGCCAAAGAGUGCGCCCGGAAGAUGAAAGACAAAUUCAUGGAGAGCGAGUGCUUUCACUGCAUCGGCAAGGUGCAGCUGUCUCUCGGGGAUUUUGUAGCAGCCAGACGGUCCUUGAAGAAGGCCCUCCUGCUGGGGUCCCAGCAGCCGCAGGACAGAAUGGCUGUAAAGAAAGGCUUCAAAUACGCUGAUCGGGGCUGUAAACUAGAGGAAGACUUGGGUGAAGAUCAGGGCAAGAGGCUGGGCCCCCGUCACGCCGUGGAGCUGGCGGAGCAGCUGGGGGACCUCUGCUGUAAGGUUGGAUGCUACAGCAAAGCUCUGGAUGCCUACCAAGCUCAACUGAAGGGAGCUGAAGAGAUGGGAAAGCCUGCCCGGGAGCUGGCCGUCAUCCACGUCUCUCUAGCCGCCACGUACACGGAUCUGAGGCAGCACGGCAAAGCGGUGGAGCACUACAGGAAGGAGCUUGCGCUACGGCAGGGAAACUCUGUGGAGGAGUGUAAAACAUGGCUGAACAUCGCAGCCAGUCAGGAGGACAGUGGCUGCCCCCUUGAGGCCGUUGACAGCAGCUACAGCUCUGCUCUGCGGUGUGCUGAGGGGGCGGGGCUAGCGAGACUGCAGCUGCAGAAACGAGUACUGAGACUUUGGCUGGCGUCUCAGAGGCGCUGCGGCGCGGCGAGCGCUGAUGACACCGAAGCGAGGCUGCAGGAGCUGUGUGCCUCAGAGGGCUGGAACCCAGACGGGAGCGAUGGUGAAGAGGAGGAGGAAGAGGAGAUGGACAACAGUGAACCUUUGGAUGACAGUGACGUCAUCCUGUCAGACUCGGACGAGGAUCUGGAGGGUUACGAGAAGAUGGUGCCGGGAAAAAGGAGGACAGGAAGGUGGAACAAGAGGAAUGAAAAGGGAGAAACGUCUCUCCACAGAGCGUGUAUAGAUGGAAACUUGAAGCAGGUUCAAUACCUGGUUGAACAGGGUCACCCAGUGAACCCCAGGGACUACUGCGGGUGGACCCCCCUUCACGAAGCCUGCAACCAUGGUCACUAUGACGUUGUCGCCGUGCUGCUGGAGCGGGGAGCAAACAUCAACGACGCCGGCGGCCCCCUGUGCGAGGGGGUGACUCCUCUGCAUGACGCCCUCACUUGUGGUAACUUCGGAGUCGCGAGGCUGCUGGUGGAGCGAGGAGCAUCUGUCACGCUGCAGAACUCCAAGGGUGAAACCGCUCUGGACACCCUGCGUCAGUGGCAGAGGACCUACGGCAGAGAGCUGGACGGUGACACCAGGCAGGAGUGUGCAGCCACGGAGAAGCUGCUGAGGAAGGCUCUGGCUGGAGGAGUACCAGCAGCUCCAGCCAAAGCCAAGCCUUUCGACGCCCUGCAGGACAGCCAGCUGUUCGAUGCGGAGAACUCUGAGCCUCUCUCCGCCUCUAGAGGGAGCUGUUCUUCCAGCCAAGACUGUUCGGUACCCGAACGGCGGCGGAGUUUCGGCUUAUCUCGGAGGCACAGAGCCAGAGGAGCAGAGACGGCUCUUCUGUACGGGAUUGACAGCAGCAGCUCAGAUGAAAGCGACUGUCCCGUCAGCCCUCUGCGACCCGUCCGCCCCCGACAUCCUCACCCGCCAGCCCCCAGUCAGAACCACCAGGAGUCGGCCGCAGUGCCGAGCUCAGCGCGAGAAAGCAACCCAGCUCCGUCCGUGUUCGGCCGAGAGGAAUACCACAACGCCAUCCGCAGCUUAGGCAGCGCCAAAACGCUUCACUCACUGCCUCAGAUCACCACUAGCCCCGCCGUCGCCUCCUCCAGCAGCAGCAGAGGGGCGCUGGUCCCGGAGGAGGAGUACGUGGCUGACGACUGGCUGGAAGACGAUGUUGGGGAAACACAACCGAAGAAAAAGAGGAGACUGCGGGAGUCGAACGGAGAGGAAACUUCAGGGAAAAGUCAAAACAUCCCAGAAACAGCCAACAAAGCGACCUCCUCCUCUUCCUCCUCCUUCAGCCGCAGCCUCUCGCAGAGACGGAACGGCGUGCCGAAGCCUCACCAGGUCAAAAUGACACAGAUGUCAGGGAUGGUCAGGUUAGGCCGCCGUGAGGUGAGCCGGCCGCACAGCCCCACAGUCCCACACGAUGAGGACUUCAUGCCGGACACGCCCUCACCGCCUCCACAAAUACACAUUCAGCUUCCAUCACAAACUGUGGCGGCCUCCAUUCCUGCAUCUCUGCCUCCUCCAAUCAGAAUGAGGGUCAGAGUGAAGGAGGACGUGUUCCUCAUCCCCGUCCCCCAAAGUGAGGCGGUGACCGUGUUGUGGCUGUGCGAGCAGGCGGCUCAGCGCUACUACCAGAAGUGCGGGCUCCUGCCUCGCCUCUCGCUGCAGAAGGAAGGCGCCCUGCUGUCCCCCCAGGACCCGCUGCUGUCCGUCCUGCAAACCAACGAAGAGGUUCUGGCGGACGUCUGCUCCUGGGAUCUCCCUCCCCUCCCUGAGCGCUACAAGAAGGCCUGUCAGAGCCUCUCAGUGGACGAGAACAGGCGCGUGACCCGACUGUGCGAGGCCCAGGACGGCAGCUCGACGGUGUCGCUGUGCGGCCUCAGUUUGCCCCCCUCCUCCCUCAACCCGCUGCUGCGAGCCCUCAAGCUCCAAGACAGCCUCACCGAGCUGCGCCUCUCCGGCAACCGCCUCUCUGACGCCCUGCUUCCCGAACUGGUUGCUGCGGCGACCACCAUGCCCCGACUCCGGCUGCUGGACAUUUCUGCCAAUUCCGUGACGGGGGAGGGGCUGGAAAAGGCCGUCGACUCUUUGAAGGGGCAAAGCCACCCUGCAUUUCCGUGCCUGGAGGAUCUGGAUCUCAGCAUGAACCUUCUGGGCGACGGCAUAUCCGAGUCUCUGUCCUGUCUGCUGUCCAGAUGCCCUCUGCUUACCAAGCUGUCUCUGCAGGCAUGCGGCCUCACGGCUCGAUUCCUGCAGCAGCAUCGCCUGCUGCUCGCCGGCGCCCUCGCAGCUUCGGGACAUCUAAAAUCAGUGCGCAUGUCCCACAAUGCACUGGGCUCCACUGGCUUUGAGCUGGUCCUGAAGACUCUGCCGCUGCGCUGUCUCACACACCUGGACCUGUCUGCUGUCCGCAGAGGGCCUACGGACGGCCCGACACUGGAACACCUCGCCACAGUCCUGACUCAGGAGUGUCCUCUCAUCCAGCUGAGUCUGGCAGCCAAUGGGUUGACUGACAGCAGCGUGUCCGCCUUAGCCAGGUGCCUGCCGUCGUGUCCCACCUUAGUGAGUCUCGACCUGUCAGGAAACCCGUCUGUGACCUCGGCGGGACUCCACAGCCUGCUAGCAUCCCUGAGAGUCGCUUCUCGACCGCUGACUCUUCUAAACCUUAAAGGUUGUCAGGUGUCAGGACCCUGGAGCAGCGAAGAACUGGAGGAUUUAGCAGAGCUGGUCCAGGAUCUCCAUCUUUGCUCUCAGGGUUUGAACAAACUGGACCGAGACGUCUUAAAGCAGAUCUGGGACAGGAGUCAGCCACACGGACGCCUCCUGGACAGAAACUCCAAAUGCAUGAUCUCUGUUGCUGCUGCUUCCACGUGAAGUGAUUUUUUUUUCUUUAAAGAAUCCAUCAAGUUAUCUUUAUACAGUGUUUCUGCCUUACAUAUUUAUAUAAGUAGAGAGUGUUCUCAGCCUGAUCAAUGAUUGUAACUAGAAUUAAAGAGCGAAUAAAGGGACUCAUGUCCAGUUUUAUUCUUUGAA